AUUUCAAUAAAAGAUUUUUUGUUACAGGAAAAAUGGUUAUCUAUGAGAUGUUUAAAGAAAUUCGCCCUAUUUCAGCCAACAUAAGGCCAAAAGUCCGAUUUUGCUGCUUAGAAUCAACCUCAAUCUAGCAGAUCUUUGUACGCUAUUCGUCUAUGUACCUAAACAAUUCAUAUGGAUGCUCACUUAUCAGUAUUUUCUUAGCUUAUCGUCUUUAUUUCUCAAAUUUUCAUAUUUUCAGUGGUACGGUGGUGAAUUACUAUGCCGCUUAUGUUCAUUCUUCUCAACAUUCUCCUUCUAUGCGAACUCCUUCGUUAUUGCUUGUAUCGCUAUCGACAGAGUAUUCGGUGCAUAUAAUAUGAGUUCCAUCAAUGCCCACAGACGUGCUUAUCUACGCUGUAGACGCCUGCUAGUGAUUGGCUGGAUCGCUGCAUUCGGCCUAAGCGUACCCCAAGCUAUGAUCUUCAGGGUCUUUGAGCCAUACCCAGAUAGGGACUUUCGGUUAGCAAUGCACUCCAUUAUGGACUACAUUUUUAUACGAGAAAAUAGAGGAGAUGAAUUCUACAAACUUGUCGGACUCCGACAAGAUGGCGAAUACCACGGCUUGCCUAAAGCAUCCGCUAUAAGCCAACUUGACGAUGACUCGUCAAAAUCCAGCGCAAAGGGGAAACGUCCUCUUAAUCUUGAUGCUGGACCACAAAAAACAUCACCUAUGCUGCGAGCUGCUAGCCCUGGUGUAAUGGCCGUUUCUACUAUCCACAAAGCAAAGCAGGUAUGA